AUGCCAGAGCCUCUCGCGCCGCUUGAACCAGAGGUCUUGAACACCAAGAAAGCGGGAGGAGCAUCAAGGACAAGCAAGUCGAAGCAGCUGCACUUGAUGAAAAUUCUCCUCCAAAGCCUUCGCCUACGAAAAAGACGACUCCAUAUUCUGGCAAGAAGCGCAAGGCUGAACUGUCCCUCGAUGAAGAAAUUGCUGCAAUACAAGGCAGACCUGAACGACACCGUCGAGCACGCCUCAUUUGAGAACGACAGACUUCCCAGCUGCAAUGUCAUCCGCACCAAGUUGAACAAGCUCUUUGACUCGGGCAAAGGUCCCUUUGGCGGAUCUAACAGUGCUGUCUGGCGUAAUGCAUAUGCAUGGUUUCAACAACGUGAAGUCAUGGGUCUCAAGAUGCCAGAUGCCAAGAAACACCAGCUCAAGGAGAGCAAGAAAGACGCUUCUGACGGAACUCACUCUAAAGGCGUAGACCUUCCUGAUAUCAGUGAUGUUCACCUCGUAGGCGAAGAAACAGACUACGUUCCCAUCUUCGACGACAGCGAUGAGAUCCGCCGCAAGAUAAACGCACACAUGAAAAUCCCAAGUGUGACGCAAGCGCAGUUCUGCAGGGAUAUCUACGGGCAGUUCAAAGCACCGAUGUGCAAGGGUAUAGAGUCAAAGCAGCUUUCGGGCUUCCGAAAGGCAAAGGGGAGUAAUGCUGGGGCGAAUAGUAGUGUGUUUUAUGGGGCGUAUGUUUAUUUUGAGAAGGUAAGGAUUGCGCAGAAGAAGCCGGUCACGAAACAUAGAGUUGAUAUGACGUUUAUACAUCCUGGGGGCAUUCCGAGAGAUCGGGAUGACAGGACUACCUGGUUCAUCGGUGCGGCUUGA